CGCGUUGCUACUGGGUUUUCACAAAACUUGACAUAUGCUAAUGUUCUCUUCUAGAACACACAUCUGUUGAAAAGCUAGAACAUGGUGGAAACAACGUGCCUCUCAUGGUCUCUCGAAACGCCUCUCAUGGUUUGGUUCUGAAAAUAGCCAUACCAGGAGCAAGAGCAUCUGAGAGCAGCCUUUUCAAAUCUUUGAACAUUGACAGCCUGUUCAUAUGCCUGAAAAAGGAGUGGGUUUGGUUUGAAGAACUGCCUGAGAUAGGCCCAUCUAUGCUCCUACGAGCAGCCUAUUGUGUUGUCCUAGCUUUCUCAGUGAUUGAGAACGUUGCUGACGGCAGAUGUUUCAUGUACGCGCCAGUGGAGACAGACGCCGAGAGCAGCAUCAAGCAUUCCCAGUUCAUGAAAGGCUUGGCAGUGCCAAACCCUCCGAAACCCUACGAGACUGAUCCCAAGGCGAUGGAGAUGCUCUGGCGCACCAGCGAGGAAGCCACCGGAGUGAAGUUCACCAUUUGAGCCACCGCAGUGGGUGGUUGGAUUGCAAACCGCUUAGGUGAGUGGUUGGGUUUGGCCACUGCAUGCCCUUGUAAGCUGUUGCGCGGACUGAUCUAGAGAAUGCCCAGUCGCCAGUGCUAGCCAAAGCAAAGCUGAGAAGUGCGAAAGGGUGUCUCGUCUGCUCUUGGCAGUGCGAAAACG